AUGGUGAUACAAGGUUCAAAAUCACCAGCUAUGGAAAAUGAGAAAGGUGGCCGCCAAUUAUCACAAGUGUCGGCCAAGAUGACAAACAAAGGAGCCAGCCGGUGUUUAACAGGUCCCAAAAUAGUACUUAUGGUUGUGGGUAUUAUUGGUUUACUUAUCGUGGUUGUUGGAGUUCCAAUUAUAGUCUCUGGUCAAAAAAAAGGCAAUAAUAAUAAUUUAACAACAAUCAAUGGAUCAUUCUUAAUUUUAACAUCAACGAAAGGUCGGUAUAUUAUCUGA